AUGAAAUUGACAGCAGUAAUAGUAUCCUUAACAGCAGCAACAGUAAUAACAAAGUCAAUAACAAUAACAAUAACAACAAUAACAACAAUGUCACUAACAGUAACUAUUGGCAGCAAUAACCAUAGUAAUAUUAACAAUAAAAUCAAUAACAAAUAA